CGCGGCGAUGGUCGUUGUAGGCACGAGACUUGCUGAAUUUGAGCCCGAAUAUCGAAUAGAGCGCUCUGUUUCGCGUAAGUUACGCAGUGGUGAUCGAAGCAGAGUAAACUCGAAAAAGGAUUUUUAAUUGGGGAAAUCUCUCCGAAAGUAAAAGAAGAAGUAAUUUAGAAUCAGACAGCGGAAAUUCGAGCGGUUUAACAAAAAUGUGCCAAAGUUUCUCGAGCGAAAUUACAAACUGAUAAAGACAGUCGAUGUAAAUGUGCUCCACCGAUUUGACUCUAUAAAGUGUCUGAUCGUUUCUCCAGGAAAACAUUGUGAUCAUUAAAUUUAUCGUCGAGAGAGUGCCAGACGACGAACACCGAAAAGAAAAUGCGGUCGUCCUUAUCGACUCUGGUGAUUUUUCCGGCUUUUCUAUUACAAGGAUUCCUGCAGGCCAACAUCAAAGUGGACCCACCUGCUCUGCCGACAUUCCUGACGUCCAGCCAGGUGUUUAAAGUCACCGAUAAGGAUACUGUUGUGCUACCAUGCGAUGUCUCUAAUCCCGGUCCUUAUAUGAUUGUAUGGAAAAAGGGUAUAGCAGUGCUAUCGGCGGGUAAUGUGAAGGUAACGCCAGAUACGCGAGUCAACCUGGUGCACGGCUACAGCUUGGAGAUUAAGGAAGUGGGCCCGCAGGACGCGGGGGACUACAUCUGCCAGAUAGGGACACUCGAGCCGAGAGAAAUUACCCACACCGUCGAAAUACUCGUACCUCCGAGGAUACACUACGUGAGCUCUAACGGGCGCAUGGAAGUGAAAAAGGGCUCGUCGGUGAAAUUGGAGUGCAAAGCAUCGGGAAAUCCGACGCCGAAGGUGACAUGGUCGCGGAAGAACAACCUCUUGCCGGACGGGGUGCAGACCGCCGUAUCGCCGUAUCUCACGCUCGAUCGAGUCGAUCGCCACCAGGCCGGGAUAUACCAGUGCACGGCCAGCAACGGCGUGGGCGAAGACAUCUCCGAGCAGAUCGUGCUGCAUGUGCUAUAUCCGCCCGAAAUCUCGGUGGAGAGACCCGUCGUUCACUCUGCGGAAGGCUUCGAGGCCCAGCUCGUCUGCAUCGUACACGGAGAAAGUCAACCAGAAGUCCUGUGGUACAGAGACACGAUGCAACUAGACACCACCGAAAGGAGAAUAAUGGAAUCGCGCGGCUCCCGCCACACGCUCGUCAUCCGCAAAGUGCACAGAUCGGACUUCGGGAACUACACUUGCGUGGCGGACAACCAGCUCGGGAAAACCAGGAAGAGCGUUCAAUUAACCGGAAAACCGAAUCCUGCUAAGUUUAGCAGCGCGUCGAGGGGAUCCUGGAAGGAUAGUUACAAUAUCAGCUGGGCGGUGGAAUCUUUGAGCCCCAUCGAGGAAUAUAAAUUGCUGUUUAGAAGACUACCGGAGACGAAUUCGGAAGACGGACAUCCACAACCUCUGCACCACCAAAGCCAAAGAAAAUUCGGCCCUGGAAAGGAAAAUAAAACGUACGCUUCGGUGGGGUACAGCGUGGGCUACGGAUACGGGCGGCAAUUCAUCGACAGGCGAACGGAUUGGAGGGACGUAAUUCUGCCCGCCGCUCCGGCUCAAUCUCCCGGCGUUCAAUCUAUGAGCUACGUAAUUCGAGGAUUAGAAUCCGGGCAAAAUUACGAAGCCAAAGUUCAGGCGAGGAACAAAUUCGGUUGGAGUCCCAUUUCUGAGGCGUUCACGUUUCAAACGACCGACACAGACAUGUCCUAUCCAGACCGGCCGCAAUCUCCAAAACACAUAUACAAUGAGCACGACAUCCACCAGGAGAUACUGGGCAUCACGUUGAACGCGGCGACGAGUUGCAGCUUCGCUCGAAUCCAAAUGCCGAUAUUUUUCGUGGUCUUCUUCAAGUUUCUUUAUUAAAUUGCGUUCGAGCUCUCUUUAGGUAUAUUCGUAAAGUAUAUAUUAUAUAUAUAUUUUCCAUAUGAAAUAACAAAAUAAGUAAAAAACUCACUGAUAGGAUGCACACACCAAACAUAUACUAUUAUGUUAACACACCUUUGUAUAAGCGUUACCUUCAAGAAUAUUUAUUCGUGUCAAUAUUGAAAUGCUAAGAUGUGCACGUUUUUUUCUCAUUUUAGCGUAGAAUUUGAUGAGCGAUUUUAUUUAUUUUUACUUCUUUUAGGAUUUGUGUGUUUCUAACUUGGAAACAAUUAGUAGCUAUUGAUCUAAAAACAUUGUUAGGAAUCUCAAAAUCGGUCCAUUAAACUUAUCAUGCAUGAGAAUAGAAGAUUAUUUAUCUGUAAGGAAAUUCUAUUAGAAGUAAAAAUUUGCGUUUGUUACUUUUGCCAAUGCAUUAUUGCUCUACGUUUUGAAUAUCUGUGUUACUUAUAGAUAAUAAAAAGUACUACUUAUAUCUUUACUAAUACAAGCAAUCUUGAGUGUUAUAUUUUAAAUAGAUAGAUAUAUUAUAAUAUGUGUG